AAUCGCUCACUCGGAGCUACUCGGAGCAGUUGGAAGAACUGUGUUGUCCUCCUGCCCUUCUGCGUAUGCCUUCCUUGCGAAUCCAACAAAUAAAAGGAUUCUCUCGCAUCGUCUGCUGCUGCAGAAAGCUUAUAAAAAGGCAAAUGUCAAAACAAAAAUAGAGGCUCCAAGUGUUAAUAUUUAAAUUAUAGUGGAUUGAAAAUGUCUCAGGAUUCGGAGACGGUCCUGCAACAAGCAGCGGCAGGGGCCGUCUAUCCGGAAUAUAACUACUCCGAAUGGCAACCGAUUACGUUAACACUGGUCGAAUAUCCCAAAGGCGAUUUGUUGGGCAAAUUGUUGGCAUGGAUCAGUUUGGCACCCUUGGGUAUUGGUGCUGGAUUUGUGGCGCUAAUACUGUUCAGAAGGGAUCUACACACGAUUGUUUUCUUUGUCGGAACGCUUUUCAACGAAGCGGUCAACGCGGUGCUGAAGCAUUGCAUCAAAGAACCACGGCCAGUUACGCGGUCCCAGAUCUGGACCGAGUAUGGGAUGCCAUCCAGUCAUUCGCAGUUCAUGUGCUUUUUCGCGCAGUACGUGCUGCUGUUCAUAUUCAUAAGACUGCAUCAUAUGAAUAAUAAUAAUGCGCGCAUCGAGCGACUGGUGCGAUUGCUGGUGCUGGCCGUCUGCUGGGCCGGAACCUUCCUAGUGUGCUUCGGCCGGAUUUAUCUGCAGUAUCACAGCAUGCAGCAGGUUCUGGUCGGAGCCCUGGUUGGAAUGAUCGUCGGAACGCUUUGGUUCAUUCUCACCCAUUGCUACCUGACGCCAUACUUUCCGAUGGUGGUAUCUUGGCGAAUAUCGGAACUGUUCCUGCUGCGGGACACCACCCUGAUUCCCAACAUUCUGUGGUUCGAGUACACCGUUACCCGCCAGGAAGCCCGGGCCAGGUCCCGCAAGCUUGUCAGCAUGAAAUCUCAGUGACGUUUCUGGUCACCCUGAUAUGACGAGUGCUACGGGGCAGCUCGUAGGCGCUGUAUCAAGUAGCGAGAACGCACACAACACUGACUGGCCGAACGGACGAGAGGACCGAUCCGAUAAUCACAAACAUUAACUAGAUGCUGACCUAUAUUGAAACUGGUAGAAAAAGUUGCAUGCAUUCACACUUAACAGUCUCCAUUUGCGGAAGUUCAGAAAAGACUCACCCGACGUAAGUACUACACAUAUUCCACCAAUAACAAGGCAGGAGAAUUGUUGGGCAGAACUGAAAAAAAUACAUUUUCUCAAAAUGUAGUACAGAUACGCACAGAUGAAACUUACUUAACACGUGGCGGUAAUUUUCUCAAUUUUUUUUUUCCUGGCAACGAGUAAUUCAAAACUCCAAGCGAUUUCUUAUGCAAUUUUGUAAAAUUUGUUCAUUUUAGAAUUUAUUUAAAAACUAAACCCUUCAGUCUUCAUUUCUCGAAGUGAACAAAUACUUUUCGAAGUAUUUAAAAAAACCAAAUCUUUUUUAGUAUAUUUUUUAUACCUAAUACAUACAGAAAUAAUGAAAAGAAAAAUCAAACAAAUUGGAAAAAAAAUCAAAAUUAUUCGCCAAACAAAAAUAAAAGAAAACAAUUAGAUUCAGAUUAUCGAUUUUAUAAAAUGCUGUGCGCUACGCACAUUCUACAGAGAUUAUCGAAAUUACGCAAUCCAAAUUAUAAGAUUAUUUGCCGGGCUUUUUGUUUACUUUUUCCUAUAACCUUUGCAUAGAACCCAACAGUUUCAAACAUGCAUACGUGUAAGCGAACGCGUCAGAUGCACAGUAACUUGAAUCGACACCGAAAGAUGAAAGAAAACAGAAAAAAAACAACGGAACGUAUCUCCGUGAUAUAAUAAAUUAUUAACUUAGAAUAUUGCUAGUUGUAGAGUUGUAAUAUCCUCUGAGAGACAUUAAAUAAUAAUAAAUUCAAUAUAAGAAAACUA